CUUGAACUCCAGGCCUGCGACCGAGACCAGCAGUGCGGAGGAGGGAUGUGCUGUGCCGUAAGCCUCUGGAUCCGCAGCCUGCGAAUGUGCACGCCGAUGGGAAAUUUGGGAGAGGAGUGCCAUCCUUUGAGUCACCGAGUUCCCUUCUCCGGGCGGCGGAUGCACCACGCCUGCCCGUGUCUCCCCAGCCUGGCCUGCGUACGGACUUCUCCCAGCAAAUUCAAAUGUUUACCGGACUUCAGAAAAGAAGAUGUCUUUUUUUAG